CAUACUUAGGGUUCUCUGCUCGCAGCGCCACUUCUUUUUGGUCUUCAAUCUUCACCAGCUCGACCAUUCCCCGCUGCUGCUGUGUCCACCUCGAGCUUCUGCGGAGCAGAAUCCAGUUCACCCACUGCAAUCAUGUCGGGAAAGAAAAAAGUUAGAGAAGUCAAGGAGGACAAUGUCACCCUUGGUCCAUCUGUAAGGGAAGGAGAGCACGUCUUCGGCGUUGCCCAUAUUUUUGCUUCUUUCAACGAUACCUUCGUCCACGUCAGCGAUCUGUCAGGGAAGGAGACAAUUUGCCGUGUAACAGGCGGUAUGAAGGUGAAGGCCGACCGCGAUGAGUCGUCUCCCUACGCUGCCAUGCUUGCUGCACAAGACGUCGCUGUCAGGUGCAAGGAGUUGGGAAUUACUGCCCUGCACAUCAAGCUCCGUGCCACAGGCGGUAACAAGACCAAGACUCCUGGACCUGGUGCUCAGUCUGCACUCCGAGCCCUUGCUCGUUCUGGCAUGAGAAUUGGACGCAUCGAGGAUGUAACCCCGAUUCCUACAGACAGCACUAGAAGGAAGGGUGGACGACGAGGACGUCGGUUGUGAGUAAUGUGGAUACACGUCACUGCGAUAUCUGCAGUCGCUAGUCAUUAGUGUCACGUUAACGAGAUUCUGCAACAUAGUGCAGAAUAUGAAGGAAAUUUUGCACUAGUGUACCCCUACAAGCAUAUGCAGUGCUCAACACACUGCUGUACAAGAGCCUUAUCAUUUGAUUUGGGGUUGGGCGAUUUCCAACCCUAUGUCAAGAGCUUGAGAAUUUAACUUGAGAGCAUAAUGGAGCAA